AUGUCUGGACGUCAAGGUGGUAAGGCCAAGCCUUUGAAGGCUCCAAAGAAGAAAACCCAGGACUUUGACGAUGAGGAUGUUGCUUUCAAGGCUAAGCAGAAGGCCGACGCUGCUGCUAAGAAGAAGUUGGCUGAGCAGGCAAAGAAGGGUGGCCCCAUGGUUGGAGGCGGUAUCAAGAAGAGCGUUGAUCUUCAAGAACCAAAGCUCUGUGCAACCAACAUGCCUGCCUUGAAGAAGUUUGAUGCCAAUGUGGCUCGUCACGUUAGGCUGAUGAACAAGAAUCUUUGUGCAAACAUGAUUCGCCAUGAAUACAUCGUCACCGGCAGAACCAAAGCCAAGAGAGCACAGGCCAAAAUCGAAGCCUUCCUAGGAAAGGCCUUACACGAGAACAAGCAGAUACAAGACCAGCCUUUGGAAUACAGAUACAACAACGUGAGAGCUUUGAACUACUUGCAACAAGCCGACAAGAAAGAAGUCGGGUCCAAGGUUCUUGAAGAACUCAGCAAGAGAUACGCAGACAGAACGCAUGGCUUCACCAGAGUGACCAAGUUGGAGCCCAGACUCGGCGAGGACAAGGCGGCCAUGGCUAUCUUGGAGCUUGUGGAUUCGGAAUUCGAAAUCAAGUUCUGGUAUGUAGCUAAAACCGUUGCUCGGUUGGAGUUGCAAGGAUUAAAGGUGGACCCUUUGACCCAGCACAAUGUUGAAAAAUUGGUCAAGAGGAGAUUUGACGGGGAAACCAAGUUCAGAGAAGCCGUGGAACAAUGCAAAGAAAGGUUUUUCAACUUUAGCCCUGAAGAAGGUCGUGUGGUUGACGAAGAACUGGAGGCCAACUUAAGGAAUGUGCCCGCAGAUAGCGAAGUGCAGAGUGGAGCCAAAGCGCCAUGGCCCACGAAAACCAGACUCAAUACCAAACCAAGAACGCAAAAAAAGAAGGUGGAACUCCCCAAAUCUCCCUUUUUGGCAUAG